AUGGCGGACGAUAGCGAGAGACAACCUCUCCUUGUAAACAAUCAAGAACCUCAUGGAUUAGGUAGUCCCCCAGCGUAUACGGCAACAGCAGGUCCAUCAGGAGGUAAUGUGACUGUUCCACCUAUAGGCCCAGAUGAGUUACCUCCUCCUUACACCCCCACAGCACAAGGGGGGAUUCCCAUGGUGAAUUGUAAGGUCUGUCAGGCACUCAUCAACAUAGAAGGAAAAACAAACCAGCAUGUUGUUAAAUGUACUGUGUGUAAGGAGGCAACACCAAUCAAGGCACCACCUCCUGGAAAGAAGUAUGUGCGAUGUCCUUGCAAUUGUCUGCUGAUCUGUCGAAGUACAGCCCAAAGAAUCGCUUGCCCUAGACCAAACUGUCGAAGAAUCAUCACUCUUGGAAAUAUGAUUUCUACAGUAACAGUGCGAUCUCCAGGGACUCAGAGGAUCCGUUGUAGCCACUGUGGUGAUGUCUAUUUGUUCAACACUUUGGGAAGUAACCUUCUAGCCAGAUGUCCACAUUGUAGGAGUGUGUCAUCGGUGGGACCAGAAUAUGCCAGAAGAAGGGCAACCAUUUGUUUUGUGUUGGGACUGAUAUUCUUGGGAGCUGGCAUUGGGGUUACAGUUGGUACAUAUGAGUUGGCAAGUGAAAGUGGUGGUAUUUACACAGUGUGGAUAGGAGCUUUUCUGACAGGACUCAUCUUCAUAAUACGAGGAAUAUACUUUGCCGCUAUGAAGGUUAGCUACGUUGUGGAACCUGGUGCGGCAUAAACACAAAAGAUCGACAUACUGGUGAUUGCGGUUGAAUUCUACAAGACACAUUGAUAACAGAUAUAGACUAUUUUAUCUGUUUUUGUCGGAAAAUUUUUCAACCACUGGAUCAAUUUUCAACAAAUUUUAUGAUAAGUGCUUUUUGUCAGGUUUUUUUUAUAUUUUUAAGACUUUUCUGUUCCUUUAUGCUUCAAGCCUUAUGAUAAACAGGUUUUUUUGAUGUGUGGAAAAUUGAAAAAAAUUUAAUUGUUAUUGACUUGGAACUAUUCAAAGAAGACUUUCAUGUCAGAUGGUGUUUCAUUUGAAUUCUUGUAAGGUUUAAAUACUAGGAGUAACAAAUAUGAAGGAUUUCACAAUUUCUGUAUGAAAAUGGUUUUCUGUAAACCAACUUCUUCCUGAUGUCUGUAUGAACCAAAUUGUUAACAGGUGAUCAUCUUGUCUCUCUUCACACCUGAAAUAGUUAAAGGAUUAAUCAAGACAUGUACCGUGAAAGUGUCUUUACCUUAUCUUGCAAUAAACCCAGAGGGCCAACACAUUGUCGUUAAUUUCAGGGAGUGGGCUUAUAACAGGACAUUGAAUUUACACUUGUUAUCAGAACAAUUGAUGGGCAUAUUGCGGGAUAAAUAUAGGUACAUGUGUAUUAUGAAAAAAUUUCUGUUGUAAACUUCUGAAGAACAGCAUACGUUGUACUUUUAUUUCCAGUUUGACCAUUUACUUUUAUUUUAAUUGGUCAGAAAUUUUUUUUAAUUAGAAGUCAGCUUUUGGACAAAACUUUUUUAAUGGGUUUACUCUCUAUUCAUUCAAGUAACGGCAUCAACCCUGAAAGUAUGCCUGGGUUAGAUCUCAGAAUUGGUUUACAAGUUUUACAGGAUUUUGAAUUCUUCACCCAACUAUUGAAAAAGUUUGUCUAAUUUGCACAUGCAGGCAUUGUUUGUUGUAAAACAAUGAUACCAUUAACAAUCGUUUGUAUAUUCCAGCAUUUACUGGUAUUAAUCACAGGCUAUGGAUUGCUGAGCAAUGUCAUGUUUUAAAUACAAUUACUUGACCAUUUACUCAAUACUUUAAAAAAUAUAUGAUCAUGAGCUUGAAACAUUUAAGUAUAUUUGUCUGUAAUAUUGUUUUGUCAGCCUUAUCUCCUCCAGGUAACAAGUUUUCUCUUCUCUUGAUUAAAUAUUAAAUGUCUGUGUAUUUCAUUUUUAGGUUUGAUUUCUUUAAUUUGUUCAUAUUUUGUUUUUGUACAAUUUUACCCCUUCCCCUACCCCUAUCUCCCAAUGGAGCCAAAAUGAGGCAAGUCCUAUUAUGAAUAAUGAAAUAACACCAGUUGAGUUAAUUCUGGAAUGCAGAUAUGAUUAACUCUAUAAUCACACUUGUACACUAGAGGUAGAUGGUGUGUGAUGACACAAGACAAUUUUGGUAACCAUAUAUUUACUCUAGAUUUUUGUGAUAUCAGCUUUGUUCAAUAAAAUAUGUUUUAAGAUAUCCUCAAAAUGAAAUGAUUUUUAUUGUCCUGUUAAAACUUAGUUUUUUUUGUCGGAAGCAGAUUAUUUUUGUAUGGUUUGAUGUAAUGAACAUUUUGCUACAUUAGGAACCAUAUUUGUACAUUUGUAUAUGUGUUAGCUGGAGUUCAGAAUUAUAUUGAUAUAUGGUUGUUUCUAUGGAAAUUGUUUUGUGUUUUAUCAAUUCUGUUAACCUAAUUGUGAUUGUUGAUUUUAAACUGUACUGCAAAUGGUCAAUAUUUAGAUAAGUUAAGUUUUCUAAACCCAUUUUGAAUUUGUAGCAAAAUCUAUUUAAAUCCUCUGUAUUCAUGUCAUACUUUCCUGCCAUACUUUUUUUUCUCUUUGAAAAAUUCUCCAAAAUAUAGCGAUAGGAAUAUUGUCUCUAAUUAUAUGUUGAAAAAAUGUUUGAGUUGUGAACAUUUUUAAGUUACCUUGUGAUAUUGCAUUUCAGAAAUAAAAAGAAAUUAUUUUGUUGACUAAGGUAGAUGGCAAUGCUUUGUUAGAUGAAUUCAAAUAGUAAACCAGAGAUUAUUGCCAAUCUUGCAGUUAUUAGAGCAUAGAAUUACACAACAGUGUGUGUAGAGUAACUCAGUACUAUUCAAAGAUGUUUUGUUAACUGUUGAUUCUUUUAAAGAAAUUGUGAAAUAUGUCUUCAAUGUACAUAAACUAUGUGAACCAAUAUUUAUAACUUUUGAUAAUAUUAUAACAUUAUAACAUGUGAUAAAGUUCUAGCUGUUUAUCUUCUCUCCUCACAUUCUCCAACACUUGAUCAAGUCACUUUGAGUUUACAAUGUUGCCACACUCCAUGUAUCUACCCGAAAUAUAAAUAUUGAAAAUUGUGAAAGUAAGACAAGGUCUAAUAAAUUGAUCUUUUGAAUUAUAAGUAAUUGUAUUAGUAAAAAUACUCUAUUAUGCAGAGGAAAGGAAUUCUAUAAAAAUCAAAAUAACCAGCAGGAAGUUUAUCCAUUUAGUCUUUUCAACAGAUAUUUGAUUUUUAUGAAUUUCAGGAAAAAUAUACAAAUAUGAUGCUUCUGUGUUAAAUGACAGUGAAUAGAUAAUACAUCAACAUUAGACACUGAGAUUAUAUGAAGUUUAUUGUUAACUUUCUUGUAUAUAUAAAAUGUACUAUUUUACCCUGUUAUAAGCCUAGAGGUCAAACCUUUUACCCUUGAUACAAAAUGGUGGAUGGCCUUAUUGCUGGACAAUAAAACAUUUUUUAGUUUUUGCCUCUACUGAACAGCAAUAGAUUUAAGCAGGGUUAUUACCAGCCAUGGGCUUGUUUUUGAUUUAUGAUAUGUGAGAUCACUUGCUUUAUUGUUAUAUAUGAUUACACUUUGUGCUUACGUCAGUGUGAAUUUAUUCCAUUAUAGUGUGCGAGGUAUUAUAUUUAUUAAAAAUUUUAGUGUAAAACUUCCUUAAAAUGAAAAUAAUGAUCAACAUUUUUAUAUAUGUGUGUAAAAUAUUAAUUUUAUUUGUUAAAAUUUCUGAACAAAAAAGUGCUUUCAUACAAAAUAUAUGAAAGUUGGGGGGUUGUUAUUGCAGAGGAGGAUGUAGUAAUGUGUUUUUUGACUUAGAGGAGCAAUUGUUUCUCACCAACUGCACAGUCCAUUGUCUUUUAUUUUAAGGAAGAUUUUCCAUUUUGCUAUAUAUACUGGAUGAAAACUUUUUGUAGAAGGCUCAUUAUGGCUGUGAUUGUACAGAACAUGAAAUAUUCCAUGUACUGAAAUGUUUAAACAGGUAAUUGUAUUAACCAUUUUACAGUGUUUGGUGACACUGCUGUAACCUACAAACUCCUCACAGGAACCAUUUCUCCUGGUAAUAACAAGGACACUGGACACACAUCCUAAACUAACUCUACCUAUACUGGUUGAUAUUGGUACUAUUGGAAUGAGUGCUAUGCUUGUAAAGUUUUAACAGACAUAGAUUCUGAAACACUGCUUGAUUACACAGGUGUUCCUCUGUGCCGCACCUUGUGUUAUGUUCAUAGUGCCAUAAGGAAUUUGAUGUUAUGUUAAAAAUGCAUGCUUUGGUUCUAACCACAAGGUCAUUGUCACAACAAGAGGUCUUGUCAUUGUAUUGGUUGCUCUCUGGACAUAGUGUAAUAGAAGAGUAUAGGACUGGAUAGCAAAGUCUUAUUCUUCUCUCUCUUGUCUUGAUCUGGAGACAACAGUCACACACAAAUAGGACAGAUUUAGUAACUGUCACACAAGGAUGAAAUUUAGUUAUCAUCACACACAUGGUUCAAAUUUAGUCGCAUAUACACACCGGGGACAAAUUUAGUUGCUGCCACACACCAGGGUCAAAUUUAGUUACCAUAACAAACAUGGGUAAAAUUUAGAAAUCAUUGCACACAGUCAAAUAGUAUCAUACAGUCUCACACACAGGUCAUUUAGUUAUUGUUUCACUAAUGGGUCAAUUUUAGUUACCUUAACACUAAUAAGUCAAAUUUAUAUACUGUUACACAUAUGGGUCAAAAUUUUGUAGUAACAUUCACAAGUUUCACUACACAAUGUGACUGUACUAAGCUUUUAACAUAUUAGAGUACAGUGUUUCUGUACAAAGUUUUACUUCACUAAACAGUAAAUUUAUACAUUGUUCCUAUGUGUAACAAAUUUCUAUAAAUAUACAAAUAUUUUUAUCUUCCUAUAGAAGAAACCUUAUUGUGGUUUUGUGACCUGGAUGGUCACAUAUAAACAAUUUUAUUAGUUUGAUUUCCCAAAACAAAGUGCUUCUAUAAUGUUUUAUUGUUAUAGAAUUGUUACAUCAGCAUAGAUAUUUUGUACAUUGUAAAUCCUGGAUUAACUUGGUGUUAUUUCUUAUUUAUUUACACGACUAGAGGUGUGGCAGUUUGUACUUCCUCAAAUAUAGACUUCUCCUCUUGGUUCCUGUCAUUAACCUUACGAAAGGAUGAAUGUGUCUUUUAAAGCUUGAUGUUCAGUAUAAAGCUGCAUGUAGAAAAUGGUAUUUUUUCUUACAUUCUGCACUCGGUAAUUCUUCAAAGAUCAGUAAUAGGUGUCCGCCAUAACAUAAUUAGUCAGUUUACUUUAGUUGAUAUGUAUAUUAUGAUCAAUUUUGAAGUACUCUCUGACUUCCUUAACUGUUGUGUUUAUUAUGCUGUUACCAUGCUGCCAUACCCCUUCACACAUACUACACAUCCCUACUCUUCGAUGGAUCACCAGAGAUCAUCCAGGAAAGAAAUGGUUAAUUGUAUGAUGAACACGAUAUGCAUUUGUGUAUAAAUAAAUCUAUCUCCAACAUU